CCGCGGUUCGGGGUCUGUGGGGGCGGCGACGGCGGUUCCGUCACCGGCGGGCGCGGGCCUGCGCUCUCUCCUCCAUUCCCCGCCCACCGCUGCGCUAUGGCGGGUAACUCCGGCAACCUGCAGAAAGCAAUAGACCUUGCUAGCAAGGCAGCACAAGAAGAUAAAGCAGGAAACUAUGAAGAGGCCUUCCGCUUGUACCAGCACGCUGUGCAGUAUUUUCUUCAUGUUGUUAAAUAUGAAGCACAGGGUGAUAAAGCAAAACAGAGCAUUAGAAUGAAAUGUACAGAAUACUUGGACAGAGCAGAAAAGCUGAAAGAAUAUCUGAAAAAGAAAGAAAAAACUGCACAAAGACCAGUUAAAGAGUCUGGUCCUACUGAUGGAAAAGGGAAUGAGAGCGAUGGGGAAGGGGAGUCAGAGGAUCCUGAAAAAAAGAAGCUACAGAAUCAACUUCAAGGAGCAAUUGUUAUGGAGCGACCAAAUGUCAAAUGGAGCGAUGUUGCUGGCCUUGAAGGUGCCAAAGAAGCACUUAAAGAAGCAGUGAUCUUGCCCAUUAAAUUUCCACACCUGUUUACAGGAAAGAGAACACCCUGGAGAGGGAUUCUCCUGUUUGGACCACCAGGAACAGGAAAGUCUUACUUAGCAAAAGCUGUGGCAACAGAAGCAAACAACUCUACCUUCUUUGCAGUAUCUUCCUCUGACCUUGUCUCAAAGUGGUUAGGUGAAAGUGAAAAGUUAGUGAAAAACUUGUUCCAGCUUGCCAGAGAAAACAAACCUUCUAUUAUCUUCAUCGAUGAGAUUGAUUCUCUCUGCGGGUCGAGAAAUGAAAAUGAGAGUGAGGCUGCCAGACGGAUAAAAACAGAAUUUCUAGUUCAGAUGCAAGGGGUUGGUGUAGACAAUGAAGGAAUCUUGGUCUUAGGAGCAACAAACAUACCCUGGGUUUUGGAUUCUGCAAUCAGGAGAAGGUUUGAGAAGCGUAUUUAUAUUCCUUUACCUGAGGACCACGCCAGGGCUGCAAUGUUCAAACUUCACCUCGGCUCAACUCCAAAUGUCCUGGAAGAAUCAGAUUAUCGGGAGCUUGGAAGGAGAACUGAGGGCUAUUCUGGUGCAGAUAUAAGCAUCAUUGUACGUGAUGCACUGAUGCAGCCUGUUCGAAAAGUGCAAUCAGCUACUCACUUUAAAAAAGUAAAAGGACCAUCAGUGUCUAAUCCAAAUACGAUGGUAGAUUUGUUCACCCCUUGCUCUCCAGGUGAUACUGGAGCCAUAGAAAUGACAUGGAUGGACGUUCCAGGUGAUCAAUUACUGGAGCCUCAAGUUUGCAUGAGUGAUAUGCUCAGGUCACUGGCAAGCACAAAACCAACAGUUAAUGAACAGGACCUGGAGAAGCUAAAGAAGUUUACAGAAGACUUUGGUCAGGAAGGCUAAACCAAAGAUACAUGUGGAGCAUUAGAACUGGGGUUUUUUUUUCUUUCUUAAGUAUUCUUGUGUCUUUAUUGAUGGCACUUCAAAUAAAUGCCAAUAAAAUCACUCCCUUCUUACUUUGCAAAAGGAACAGAAGAUACCUUUGCAAAGUAGGUUUUUGUAUUGUAUUGUUUUCCUCAGAUGUCUAUGAAAUGUCUUCUAUUGAAAAAUAUUAUGAAAAUACAUUUUUAGGGUGAGACAGCAAAGUGAUGUGGUAACAUCUAUUAAAUACUAGAAAACUUUAAAUGAUUAGUUCAGUUUUAGGUAUUACAUUAGACCUGGGUACCAGUGAGUUUUAAACUGCCAGUAGACUCAAAGAACCCUUUUUUGAGGGGUGGAAGAGGAGCUACUUGUUGGGUGUUUUCAGUUAUCAGUCAGUCAGCCUAGAUAUUAAUCGCUUUCCUUUCCUUCAGAACUGUUCCAUGUCCAAGACAAAACUGGCGCAUCAAGCAUACGGCAAGUGUGGGUUCGCUGUUAAAGUAAGGAGGAAAACACUGUGAGGGUAGAACUACACGGGCCAGUACUUUGUUUCAGUGAUGGAACUGGUAUUUGGCUGCUUCUGCUAUGCUGUGUUCAAAUUUUGCCUUAAACAGCAAGCUAUUGUUUUUAACUCUUUACUAGCUGAUACACACUGGCACUAUGCAAUUUAGCAAAGGUAUGUUAAAUUCAAGUAUGUUGGCAGGUGUUUUGCUGGAUGUCUCUUUUUGCUAUCAUUCUUAUGGGUUUUUUUUAAGUCUGGAUUUACUUUCUGACAGAGAAAAAAGCAUCAGUAAUACCCUGUAAGAUUCCACAUGUCAAAUCUGGCAAGACAUAGGUAGUAGAUAUUUUAGGAAAUACUUCCACAUGAGAGGAGAGUACAACAGAUGUUUUUAGACACAGACUUUCCCAGUGAGAAAUGAACUAUUGCAUACAGGUUACAUCAAUUUAGUGCUUAAACUUUGAGAGAAGGCUGGCACUUUAGUACAGAAGUAGCACUUCCAUUGAUCUUUUUUUUUGUUUUUUCUGAAGAACUACAAAUUGAGAUGUGCCUGAAUGUAACUUACAACACUACAGUGUCAGCAUCGAGUUCGUGCCUUGUAAGUUUGCACUGGCUGUAGAUAGGAAACAUCCCUAGGGUCCCUAGCACAACGUGUCCCAUUGUCAUCGUGCAACUCUGUCCUGCGUUUGCUUUAUUCAACUCACAUUAAAAGAAAUUUGCACAUUUUGUGUGUGUGUGUGUGUGUGUUACAGCUACACAUACACAUCUUUAAUCAUCUUUUGAUGGGGUUUAGUUUCCUUCAUGUACAUUUUUUGUGUACUUUACAAAUCAUAGGACGGGUGAAAUUUGCUGUACCUUAAUGAAGUAAAAAGUUAUAGUACAACGUCA